CUUUUGCUGCGGUCAGUGGUUGGUGGGCUGUGGCAGUGACGGGAGGUGUGUCAGAAGUGGUGGUCGAUCCCUGUCACUACAGGGCAAGAGUUUUGGCUUGGGGAAGGUCGGAACUGCGUGUGUGUUUGCGUGUGAAGGUCUCCGCGAGGCCAAGGAGAGCAAAGGGAGUGUUUUUUCUUCUCUCCGGGCCGCCGCAAGAGUAAAGCCGCCAAAAUGAUGAAAUAUUUGGCAGCCGCGAAGAUCCUGAAGAAACACAGGGCCCAGGUGGACAAUGCGGUUUUUCACCUUCACUAUCGCGUGACGUUCGUGAUAUUCAUCGUGUUCGGCGCGCUGGUCACGGCCAAGGAGUUAGUUGGCGGGCCGAUAGACUGCAUAGCAAAAAACGUGCCCUCCAAGGUCCUCAAUACCUUUUGCUUCAUCAUGUCAACCUUCAGCGUCCCGAAGUACUGGGCCCAACCACUCGGUGACGGUGCUCCUUACCCUGGCAUGGGCCCCGCCACGGACGAGGACGAGAUAGUCUACCACGCGUAUUACCAGUGGGUGCCCUUCGUCCUUGUGCUGCAAGGCAUCAUGUUCUAUGUUCCUCGGUACCUGUGGAAGAACAUGGAGGGCGGGCUCUUCACCACCAUCCUGGCCGGCCUCGACAAAGUAACGCUGGACGAGAACUCGAGGCACAAGAGGCACAAGAUUCUGUCGGAAUACAUGAUCAGGCACCUUCACAUGCACACGCACUGGGCCAUCAGGUUCUUCCUAUGUGAGGCGCUGUGCCUGAUCGUGGUGGUCGGCAACAUCUACUUCACCGACCUCUUCCUCGGCGGCACCUUCCUCAAGUACGGCACGCAGGUCAUCAACUUCCCCGACAUGGACCACGAUAAGCGCGUCGACCCCAUGACCAGGAUCUUCCCCCGGGUCACCAAAUGCACCUUCAGGAAGUUCGGUUCAUCAGGGACCAUUGAGACUCACGAUACCAUGUGCGUGCUGGCGGUGAACAUCAUCAACGAGAAGAUCUACAUUUUCAUCUGGUUCUGGCUCGUCUGCCUCACCACCAUCACCGCCGCGUGGCUCGUCUACCGCCUCCUCGUCAUCAUGUCCUCCGAGUUGCGCUUCAAGCUGCUCCAGGCUCGUGGGCGCUGGGCUGGACGCAACAACCUUGAUCUCAUUGCCAAGAAGUGCAACCUUGGUGACUGGUUCCUCAUCUACCACCUAGGCCGCAACAUGGAGCCAUUGGUCUAUGGAGAGUUUCUGAAGGAGUUUUCCAAGGAGCUGGAGAACUCUGUCUCGACCCUGGAACGUAAGCCAAUGUUGGUAGGAAGUUAAUCGAAGACGAUUUAUGAGAAGCAUUUGUUUGAGUAUUUGUGAUGGUGAGCUGCAGGACACACAGGUGGAAUUUAGUUUACUCAUACCACUAAGUUAUUGGCAUAAUAAUGAUACUUUCCUAUUUGUAUUUUUAAAUAGUUAAAACAUUUAUUUUUUCAUUGACAAAUUAUUUUUAAAAUGGAACAUAGUUUAAGUUGUGUGCUGCUUGUAAGAAAAUGUUUCUUUGACAGCCUGGUGUGUGCAUGGCAAUUAUAUAUAUGCAGGAUGCUAUUAAGUUAAUAUUUGGUAAGAGGACCGACCUAAAGCCCAUGUAAUCUAGAUUAACUGGAGAAUUAUUAAGCAACCACAAAUUCUAGAUAAAACUUGAUAAAAUUGUGUGUUUUGAGGACUCAAGCCAUAUUAGUAACAUAGUCCAUGAGGCACAAGUCUGUCUCUCAUAUGUUUGUGCAUAUCUGACGUGGUUUUGAUCCACACUCCUCUGCAACUGUCUCCUGACUUCCAUGCAGGUGUCUUCCCUUUAGAAGCCAUGGAAAGACACUUCUUAAGUCACAACACAUCCAAGACACGUCAGCAAUUCAUAUGCAGGAUGCAGGGCAAAUGAAUGGCUCCAUGGCCUGUGAACAAAGGCUGGCAGCAGAGUUGCCAUAGUUUAAUUUCCUCUACCACUAGUAUUAGAUCCCUGCUUGAAAUACAAGGCCUGGAUUUCUGCCCACUAUAAAGACUUAAACAAGGGUUCAUGACAUGAUGCUGUGAUGUGUUUUUCAUCUGUUGUUUCUAUGGAUGAUGCAGCUUUAGAGGAGAUCAAGAGAGGGCCAGGAAGGAAUGCUAUCAGAGACACAAUUUUACAGUAUUAUGAAAACUGAUUCACAUGUAUUUUAAGUUUGGCAUAAGUGGGUGAUUAUGACUUCAUCACUCACCCUUAAGAGUGAAUUGCUGAGGGUUAAUCCAGUUGGCAUAUUUCAUCAAAAUGAUGAGAAUAACAUUUGCUCAGGAGCAGUGCCUUUUAUGAAUAAGGAAUGCCAUAAUCUCGGCCAAGCUGAAUUUCAGUUAAACAUUGGUUAAAUGGGUUUCACUGUUAAGAUUUUGUUCUGUACCAGGGUGGUGAGGUCCAUUGUGCCUCAAAACCUGGUACAGUUAUGCAGCAGUAGUGUUGCUCUGACACUCCUCUGCUAGGUACACUAUACUUGUGGGAGAGUUACAGACAGGUAAUGAAAGACAAAUAUAAUGCUGAAUUAUGUGGGACAGUUGGCAGGGAAAAUCGAUUGGGAAUAUUUUGAAAAUGUUGCAUUAUCAUGAAAGAGAAUGUCAUGAUUAUUAUUUAUCAACUCUUACACCACAUCCCACAAAUAACAUUAUUUAAUCUUAUCACCUUGCAUUUAUAUUUUCAAAUGACACAAGUUCAUAACUUUUGUGAAUCAAUAUCAAGGAAGGGGGACAUCAGGUCUUUUGUUUCAAUAUGAUAUCCAUGGAUGCUGAGAAGUCCACCUAACAUUCCAUAAAACUAUUGUCAAGGGUUAAAUUCUUAAUAGGCUGACAGGUUAUCAUAAAAAUGAUAAUUACAAACGUUGCAUUUACACAACUUACACAUUUUUUCAAGCAAUUUCUUCCCAAUGUGGUAUAACUAAAGAUCCUGGGAUCCUUACAAGAAUGAUGUAACAUAGCCACAUUGUAAAUAUGCCAAACUUAUUUACUGCAGGAGCUGAACCACAACACUCUUGCAACAUCAAUGAAAACAUUAAUUAAUUCUCGCCUUGCCUGUAACAAUCAAUGUUUUCCUUGAUGGUGUAAUCCAAGCCAUCACAGUAAGUAAGUUGGAUUUAUGCAGACUUGCAGCCAAAACACAUCCUUCAACACUUGCAGAGAUUAUUUUUACUGCAUAGUAUAAGGAAAGUAAACUUGACACACACAAUAUAAUAAUGAUGUCGAUAGAAGUAGUGUUGGGAUGUGUUUAACAAUUUGUAUGCCACAUGCCAAUAAGUACUCAUCAGGAAAAAUUAAUUGUAGGAAUUAAAAAUGAACUGUCAACAAAAGAGGUGUAUAACCAGUCUUUAUUUUGAAAACAGUUCAUUUAUUAACCUCUACUCAAUUUCCCAGAGAAACAUUUCAUCUGCUAUGAGCACUUAAUUGCAAUGUGUACAAGCUGGUGAACAAACCCUUCAAACUUGACUAUACUUUGUGGGAGGGUUUGCUCUCUACUUGGUCCUGGUCCUUCCGGGGAUACAAAGGGCGGAACAGUGCCAUGGUGGGAAAAGACGUUAUUAGUGUUGUUUUAGGGCUGCCAGACUGAGGGCAGCGCCUUUGUUAUGUCAGUGUCCUUGAUUAUCUCCUGUUGUGCCUGACACUCUUCUCAAUCAAUGAUGUUUUGAAUGCAAAUUCUAUUUAUUACAGUUUUAGUAACAAUAUUUACGGUGUAAUAUGUACGUAGCAGUACUUGUGAUUUGAAACUCAAACAAGUACAUUUAUUGAAUUGCUCAUUGUGUAACAUUUAUACGUAAUGUCGUAACAAGGGAAGUCUUUCAGUAUUUUGAUGCAAGACUUUCUUUUCAACAUACAUCAACACUCAGUUUGUGAGUGAAGAACCUCAUGAUGGUAAUAAUGCUGUAAAUAACUCACCUUAGAGGGAUUAACACUACUGCCACACUAACAACCUUGCCUCAAUACUAACAAAUUCUGGGACCAAUUUAAUGUUAGAUUUUAAUCUAAAUUAACCCACAUGAUGUGACUGCCUAUGGGACUGCAUAUGCUGAGACAGUUUUCUGCAGAGUUGCCCUUGGCAGAAUUGUCUGAAUUAUAUUAAUUCUUGUGGGAAUAGUAUCUUCACUGGUGCUGUGGCUUCAAGGGCAACAAGCCAAUCUUUAGUAACUGGCACUUAAUUGUAUCGGUGAUCUUCCAACCCCAUACAACUGAAUACAGAGACAGCCACUUGAGGCUGUCAUGCAUUGUACAAACCCAGUAUGACAAGUGUUGAAAAACUUUAAAGUACAGUGAGAAAUACAAUCUAAUUUAAUGUGCCAGAACAAAUACUUAUUGGAACAUCUUAUUCCAUUAAUGUUUCCUUUUAAUGUAUAUCUCAACCUUGGCGACAGUUUUGCUGUAUUAGCCAUGAAUGGUUUAGACCUCUUUCAGACUUGCAACAAUGAUUUCUUGAAACCACACCUGACAUUUUGUGUUUGUAUAUGCUUAUUACAGCCCAAAAUAGUUUACUUUUUACUUUACCCUCUGGGUUUUCAAGUUGGAUUCGACAUCCUAAAAUACUGACUCUAGGGAGUAAUGAUGCAUCAGAUUUUGUCCCUAACAUACUGACAAUAGGGGAUGAUGGCAUGUUAACUAUUGAGUGAUCUCUCUCUGUUAAGGUAAACUCUUCUGUUCUGUGAGAGGGAUGCUGCAGGUGUAGUUUUGGGCAAAACUUCAACAGAGGACUUGCUGUGAUAUCAUACCAGACAAUCAGCUAGCCAGGGCUGGCAGACAACUUUGAUGGUUGCAACAUUUCCCUUUGGCUUUCUUCCAAUCGUUUGCUAAUCUUGGUGCAGCAUUGCUGUGCUGUUGCACAGGGAAAUAAGCAAGGGAAGAAUGUUUCAUCCUUUUGGCAGUUUCUAGCAAACCAAGGACACCCCAAAAAAAUUUCAGCUGGUGGCUAAGUCUGGACUCCACACUUUGCAGUGCUCAUUUUGUUGUAAGUAAAGUAAAACUUCAAAUAUUGAAAACAUAUAUCAUUUAACACAAAUCAGCUUCUCACCAUUUAGGUAAAAACCAUGUGGAAUUUGUGCAAACAUCUUAUUCCAAAUAUUCAGUUUUAUUUGCCUCAACUAAAUGAGCACUGCAGUCUGGAGCACGGUUCUGGCCAACAGUCUCUACUGCCCCAUAGUCCCAAUCCACUUCUUACUGUCUUUGGUUGGAUGAGAACUGGUAGAGGGAUAUAACAUUCUUUUCUUGCACAUGUAACAUCAUGAUAACACUGCUCCAUUAUGAUCAUCAAAGAACUAGAAGGAAGCCCAAGGUUAAUGUUGGGAUAAACAAGUUCCAUCAAAGUUAUCUGAAAGCCCUGGCUAACUGCUCGCCUGGCAUAUGUCACAUCAAGUACUCAUGAGCUAUCUGUUGUACUCUAAUUUGUAGAGGGAUUUAUUACUGCCCUGGCCUGUAAUAUUUUAUUGUAUACAUUUAAUACAUGAUAAUUUUGUGCGAAUUAGUCCUGUUGUGAGUAGAAGUGUUUUUGUUUGUCCCUCGUCACACUUGAUGACUGUUGACUGAGGCGUCACAGAGUCCCUGGGUGCAGCAGUGUGUGGCAUGGAGUUCUCAGAAGCUGCAUAAUCAUUAUAUUUUGUAUAUUUGCAUUGGGCAAAUUGAACAAAAUACUUAGUCUUGAAUAAACACAUCUGCAUUUAUAGUGUGUUAUGGUCUCCACACACUAACGUGACCCAGAAACCCCGCCCCUUACACUGAGCCCACCUGAUUGGUUAAGGUUAUAACUGGGAAUAGCUGAAUGUUAUUUAGUAUUAAAUAUCAUAUGAUCAGGGUUACUCAGUGUGGUAGGUAUGAAAAUAAGCAUGAAUUAUUAUAAUCCAGUAGUUAACAAUACUGUACCAUUUAGGAUAUGCUAAAAAUAUUGUUUAUGGCAAGGCACACAUCACCAUCCCUUUAGCGGACCUCUACAUGCACUGCAGGAGACAGUCACUCAUUUCCAUUGCUUCCCACGGCUAUGAUUCACACAAAUAAAUUAUUUAUGGUUAUUUGACAUAGGGAUAUAUUCAAUGUAACUAUUUAAGACACUGAUAUUGUAGUUUGAGGGACACACCUGCUUGACGGAACAAUGUGUGGCCGGAGGUGAAGCAGAUGACCCAAUAAUGGUCACCCCCAAGUUGCAGUAACAAUGACUAAAAGCCUUGGAUGUAUCCCUAUAUCAAAUGUCUUUAUAAAUAAUUUUUUUUUUUUUUUUAAUUGCAUUAAUGAUAAGUGGGGGGAAUAAGUGACUGACUUUUGUAAUGCCUGUAGUAGGCUAGGCUAAAGGAAAAUGGUGAUAUGUGCUUUGCCGUAAUCAAUAUUUUAUUUUUCAGUGUGUCCUAAUUGAUGCUGGGUGCAGUAUUGUCAAUUACUGGAUUAUACGGAUUAGUACUUUUUUGUAUCUACCGCACUGAAUAAUCCGGUUCAUAUAAUAUUCACCUAUCCCCAAUUAUAACUUUAAGCCAAUCGUGUGGAAGGGGUGGAGCCACCUCAGUGCAGGGGGCGGGCCUUCUGGGUCAGUUUAGCACGACAUCAUAGUUUGCCAGAUUCAAGUAUACAAAAAAUAUCAAUCACAGAGACUAUACAAUGCACUCUGCAGCUAACUGCACCAGAGAUGUGUAUUGAAAUACUAUUCAGAGGUCACAGCAGACAACAGCUGUGUCAGACUACUGAAUGUAUAAAUUAUUUUAUACUGCUGUAUUGUAUUUUAAUUGUUACUACAACAUAAACACAAGGAUGAUGUACAACUAAAUAAAGUACAUUGAUUUAAA